AGAGCCCUCAUAUAUAAACCUCAGGGAUGAUUCCUUCCCACUGCCGCUGGUCAGUGCUGCCCUUCUCCUCAACUUUCUGUCCUGUCGUAGGUUGUGAAAAAAGAAACCGCCAACAUGUCUGACAAAAAGAUGACUUCGAGCCGCAGGCAUCAUCUCAAGAGUUUGAUGCUGCAGAUUGCGGCGUCCAUGAUGGAAAAGGAGAAAAAGGAACUUGCCGUUGCCAAGCAGGCCUACAUGGCUGAGAAAUGUCCUGCUCCCAACCUGAGUGGAGACCAGAGCGCCCUCAUGGAAACCUGUAAAAAGUUGCACGCCCUUAUCGACGCAGUGGAUGAGGAGAGGUACGACCUGGAGGCCAAAGUGGGCAAGGCUGAUAAAGAGAUCGAUGACCUGAAGAUCAAAGUGGUGGACUUGGCCGGAGUGAAAAAGCCUGCUCUGAAGAAAGUGCGUAUGUCUGCCGACGCCAUGCUGAAAGCUCUUCUGGGCUCCAAACACACAGUAAAUAUGGACCUGAGGGCCAACCUGAAACAGGUCAAGAAGGAGGUGAAAGAGGAGCCUGCGGAGGCGGUCGGUGACUGGCGUAAGAACAUUGAGGACAAGGCUGACAGGAAGAAGAUGUUCGAGACUGCCUAAAGAACUUAACUCUGCUCCUGUAGCUGCUCUGGGCCGUUAGAACUUUUUAUCGAAUUUCAGGAUUUUUUCAGUUAAUUGAAAUACCUCUUGUUUCAUUAAAUCUGUAAGUUUCA